AUGCUGCCUAAUCAGACAAUCAUUGAACAUACGAAUACAGAAGAAAUGACUACUGGGAAUACAAACGAUGAAAAACGUGUGGAAGUAGAGACGGCCAAUGAACAACUGAACACAACAGAGCCGACUCCUGAACAAACGACCAAAGAGGGAGAAACCACUGAGAAAUUGACUACUGCAGAUGUGCAAACUAGUGAACAAGUUACCACAAAACAAAUGCUGCCUAAUCAGACAAUCAUUGAACAUACGAAUACAGAAGAAAUGACUACUGGGAAUACAAACGAUGAAAAACGUGUGGAAGUAGAGACGGCCAAUGAACAACUGAACACAACAGAGCCGACUCCUGAACAAACGACCAAAGAGGGAGAAACCACUGAGAAAUUGACUACUGCAGAUGGGCCCCCAAAAUUGUUUUUGUGCUUUGAUUCGAAUCUCAUGAUCGUAUUUGGAAAUUCCCUUCGUGUCAGUCAUCUUACUUUUCUUCCUAAACGUUUUCUGAGUAUAAGUCAAUUAAAAGAAAGAAGUCUUAUAUGCGUUCAUGGCACAUCAGCCGAUGAGUUUCUACAAGGACUUAUAACAAAUGAUAUAAAAUCUAUAAAUCAACCUAAUUCAUUCAUGUAUUCAUUGUUUCUCAAUUCGAAGGGUAGAGUUCUAACUGAUGCAUUUAUCUAUCAUACUAAUCGUUUAUCGACUAAUCAGUCUGAUUAUCUUGUUGAAGUUGACGUCAGUUGCGUACCUGAUAUGGUUAAACACUUAAAGCAAUAUAAUUUACGUGGGAAAGUUAAGAUAGACGCCGAUUUAUCAGUGUAUCCUUGGGUCGCUAUGCCGACAUCAAGACACUCGAAUCAACUGAAUAAUUAUAAAGCAUGGUUACCAGUGAAUUCACCUGAUAUUAGUGAUCAACAACAGUUGAUAUUUUUCGCUUCAGAUCCUAGGGGUAUAUCUGGUUGGUCUGGACGCAUACUGUCAACAUCUAGUACAAAUGUCACUAGUAUUUUCCCAUCAUGCAAUACACAACCACUUGAUAUAAACCUGUAUCAUAAUGCACGUUGGGAAUUGGGCUUACCAGAAGGUAUUAAGGAAUUAAUUACAAGUGAUACACUACCGUUCGAAGCGAAUGCUGAUUUAUCCGGUGGAGUUAGCUUUUCCAAAGGAUGUUAUAUUGGUCAGGAGUUGACAGCACGGACACACUUUACUGGAGUUACUCGGCGAAGAUAUGUGCCGAUUAAAAUAGUGUCGAAGGGGAAUAUUGAUGUUUUAAAAGCAUCAAAUAGUGUCAAUGAUUUAUACAAUGCACCAAUUUAUCAAAUGGAUAAAAAUGAAUUAUCAAAAUUAAAAUUAAUUGGAUGGAUUCGAAAUGUAAAUAUGAAUAAUUUUAUUAUGAUAAAUAAUAAUGAUUAUAAUGAGAAUGAUUUAAAUAUUGAUAAUGAAUUAAUCAAUGGUAUAGCAUUGAUACGUUUAACUGAUAUCAAUGAACAACAAUAUAAACUAGUAGUAAAUAUCCCGAUUCAUACUGAUUGUGAUCAUCAUCAUCAUCAUCAUCAUCAUACUAAUAAUGUAAUACAAUUAGAUAUUAUUCCAUAUAUACCAUCAUGGUGGCCUGAGAAUAUAGCACCAACAAUUAAACGAAUUACAUGUACAUAA